AUAGGAGUGUUCUUCUAUAAAACCCAUCCUAUCACCAAGGUGGACAUUUUGGGUACAAUUGUCCAGAAGCGAGAGAGGGAGAAGUCUGUUAGUUUCGGAGUGGAUGAUGGAACCGGAGUGAUCAGCUGUUUGUGUUGGAAGAAACAAAGAGCUUUGGAGAAUAUAAAACCAGCCUCAUUUUCAUUUGGUCUGAAUCUCCUGGAGCAGCUGAACAAGAUCACUCAGCUAGAACAACAGAACUCCCAGUUGGAACUAGGUGAUAUCGUCCAUGUGAGGGGCUGGCUAAAAGAUUAUAGAGAGCAAAGAGAAAUCCACUCCACCAACGUAUCUAAGAUUGCUGAUCCCGUAUUCACUGCACAAAUCGCUCGGAUGCUGGAGCUCCCAUAUUUAUACCGAAACUUUUAUGAUAAAACUUCUAAAAUUUCAACGGAUUCAACUGAACCAAAUCAACAGGGAGGGAAGAUCCUAUCACUGCAGAGGAAGAUCAAACAGUUUCUGAAUCAAACCAGAGUGAAAAAUUUCUACCAGCAGGAACUGGAGGCCAUUGAUUCACUGGUCUGCAUUGCUCAACAAAACCAAGAAACACCCUGUGUAUCAAGGCAGAUUCAUGAAGUUUUUCAGGAAGCUGUCUGUGCCCUUCAGGAAGAGGGAGUUAUUUUCCAGAAAGUGGCUGGACCUAGCAAGCUGUACCUGGUGACUGAUGAGGAGAAAGAAUUACACAAUGCAACACUCAGAAUCAUUCAAGAUGACUCCACACGACCAAAACAUGUUGAGAAGGGCUGCCCUUUCCUUCACAUUGUGAACUGUGUGCGGCACAGUUAUAAUGCGGGAGUUAGUGAGGCCGCAGUGCAGAGAGUGCUGGACAGAUUGGAGUGCAACAGUGAAAUAGUCAGCACCAUGGACCGACACUACACAGCUGCCUGACUGGCACACAGCCCAACAACCUCCUGAGAAGUGAAACAGCAACUAUAAUACCAAGAACAAUGUGUACUUUGCUGAACAGAGCCAGGAGUUGUGAGCUUGAACCAUAACCAGUAUCUGCAAUCACCCAGUGCGUUGCCACAACCCAGGAUGUGAGAAAAUCCAUCCUAUUAUCUACAAGAGUAGCAGGGAAUGUACCACAAAUCAUCGAGUAGUCUUAAUCCUUAUUUUCAGUAAAUUUCAGACAAAAGAUGUAAGUAUUUUGACUAAGAAUCUGUCCAUGAUUAUAAACUUAUGAAAAAAAACUUGCAUUUAUUUGUACAUGGUACAUUUCACUUCCAUAUAAGUUCUUCAAAGUGACUGAAUUUCACUAAACCCCAGUUAUUAUUGUGUUAGGGUAACACAUGUUUUAUGUUUUCAAGCAGGAUCCCACAACUGACAAUGAGACUAACCAUCAGAAUAUCUGUUUUUGGGUGGUACAGGUCAGAGUCACAUGGCCAGCUAACGGUAUUGGUCUUGCCUUAGCUUCAGUAGAUAUUACUUGAGUAUUGUGGGCACAGACAGUAAGAGAGAACCAUGGGCACAGUCAGUAUUAUUGUGGACAUGGUCAGUGAGUAAGAAAUUAUAGCACAUUCAAUAUGUGAAAAUUUCAGGCAUAUUCAGUGAGUGAGUCCUCAGGGCACAUUGAACAAGAACCAGAGACAUAGUCAGCAAGUAAGAACUGCAGCUAUCCUCAGUGAGUGAGGACUGUGGGUAUGUUGAGUGAGAACAAUGGGAAUCAGCACUGAGUGAGAACUGUAGGUAAGGUCAAUUAAAGAGAAUUGUGUGUAUGGUCAGUGAGUGAGAACUGCGGCACAGUGAGUCAUUGAGAAAAAUACACAGGAUUUUAUUCUCUUUGACGUUGUACGUGAUGUGGUUAUCAUUGGAAAGUUAAGCAAGUUUACUCAACCCUAAUUCCCCUUGAUUUCAGUGUCUUUCUAUAUUAUUUCAGAGGGCAGUUCAGAGUCAACCACAUUUUUGUGAGUCUGAAAUCACAUGUAGGCAAAACCAGGUAAAGCCCAGAUAAAGGACAUUAGUGAACCAGACUGGUUUUUAUGACCAUUGCUGGUAGUUUCAUAGCAUUACUGAGAUGACUUUUAUACUCCUGAUUUAUUUAACUUUUUAUUAGGUCUGUACUAUGUCGUUAUUAUUUUAGAACUUAGAUUCGAAAGUGGAGUCAAAUUGUUUUUCGUUUUCAGAUCUCUGAAGGCAGCUUGUUUUUCCAACAAAGGUCAGAGUUAUUUCAAGAAAUGAAUUAAAGACAAAAUGCUAUCCAAGCAUUUUUGAAGAAUUAGGUUAAAUCACUCAGUCAUUACCUGUAAAAUUAACUGCUGAAUAUUUAGAAAAUUGAGUAUCCAAGUUGUGAGAUUUUAAUUUGUAGAAACAUUUAAGCUGUGUAAAUUGGUGGAAGUUUCUAGAGUUUCAAAAUUGGAUAAAAGUCUUAAGGUGCUUUUGCAGUCAGAGGAGGAGGGCUGGAAAGAGUCAUUUUGAGUAAGAAAUGUAAGUGUUAAAAAAGAAGUGAUAAUUCUGAGAUUGAGUGACUGGAAAGGAUAAUUCCGGAGUAAAAGGGUUAAGUUUUUCUUUAUCCUAUUUAUGUUAUGGUUGUUUUAAAUUACCUUGUACAACUUUAUUUACUUCUAUGUAAUAAACUU